AUGCAAAUGAUGCUGCAGCAAGGCCAAUCAAUGAGCACCACCAGAUCCCAGUGCACUGGAAGCUAUGGCUUCAUCAACCUGAACCUGAGACCGAGGAUGACCGGCUACAAGUGCAGAGUCUUCAUGCUGUCUGCAUGUGUUCCUUGUCUCAAGUAUCACUUUGUGAAAGUGGAUAAGAACUGGACUGAAGCACAGACAUACUGCAGAGAGCACUACACUGACCUGGCCACUAUUGACAACCAAGAGGACACAGAUGAGCUGAUUAAAACUGUAAAUCUUGAAGCCGACUAUAUUUGGAUUGGACUGAGGAAGCCGUGGGAGUGGUCUCUUUCAGACAGUAACCCUUAUGCACUGGGAACGAUGGAAUUCACGAACUGGGACAUAGGGGAGCCAGACAACUACCGCAACGCUUCUGAAAAAUGCGGAAUGAUGAGAACGAAUGGGAAAUGGAAUGAUUUGCUAUGUCAAGAGCUGCACUCGUUUGUGUGUUACGAUGGACUCUUCAUGCUGUCUGCAUGUGUCAAUCAUCAGUAUCACUUCGUGAAUGUGGAUAAGACCUGGACUGAAGCACAGACAUACUGCAGAGAACACUACACUGACCUGGCCACUAUUGACAACCAAGAGGACACAGAUGAGCUGAUUAAAACUGUUAAAGGAGAUGUUGAGCGUGUUUGGAUUGGACUGGAGAAGAGUGGUGAUAUGAGGUGGCAGUGGUCUCUGGGAGAUCCAACAUUCUACAGAGAGGGAGAAAUGGAGUUUACAAACUGGCACCCAGGAGAGCCAAAUAAUCUCAACAAUCACCACUGUACUGAGAUGAGAACUGAUGGAAAAUGGAAUAAUGAACCGUGUAAUCAGGAGAAAAUGUCUGUGUGUUAUGAUGAGAGAAAGGUCAGCAGUGAGAGAUACAUAGUGAUUAAUGAGACCAAAACCUGGAGAGAAGCUCAGAGCUACUGCAGAGAACAUCAUACAGACCUGGUCAGUGUGAGGAACCAGACUGAGAAUGAGUGGAUAAAGAGUUCAAUGAAGGACAAAACUGAACCCUGGAUCGGCCUGUUCAGGGACUCAUGGAAAUGGUCAGAUCAGAGUAACUCCUCAUUCAGAAACUGGGCACCUGGACAACCUGAUAAUAACGAGGGUGAUGAGAACUGUGCUUUCAUGCAGAUAACAGGUGAAAAACAGGGACAAUGGCAUGACUUUUCAUGUGACAAUGAAAAGCCAUUUGUUUGCUAUGAAGACAAGCUGAUCCUGAUUAAUGAGUCUCUGACCUGGAGUGAAGCUCUGAAUCACUGCAAAGUGAAUCAUGUGGACCUGGUCUCAGUUCACUCAGAGAAGAUCCAGAAGUGGGUGAUGGAGGUGGUUGAAAAGGCCUCCACUGAUCAUGUGUGGCUGGGCUUACGUUACAGCUGCACUCUGGGCUUCUGGUUUUGGGUGAGUGGAGAAUCUUCCUGCUACCAGAACUGGGCUUCAGGGAAUGGAACUGUGGUGGAGGAGUGUGUAAAUGAAGGAAGAACUGGAGCAGUUGAGACCAGAGGAGUCAAACAAUGGAUCAGCCUUCCUGAGAAUACCAGACUCAACUUCAUCUGCAGUAACUAUAAUGGGUUCAACCUAACAAAAAGGCGCAAAAGGGGGCGCGUCAUCAUUGGUCACUGUGCCAUCAUACACGUUUCUGGCCAGGGCCGGGGCAACAUCACCCUAUGUGCAGCCAUCAACGAUUGUGGCGUCCUCCAUCGCCAUGUCAAAAACUCUUUCAGUUUCUACAUCAGCUGCACAAUAACAUUCUUCAACAGGAAAGGAAGCCAGGGCAAACAGAGCAAGCCCAAUAUGUUGUUGUUUGGGAUCAUCUCCUUCACCACGACGAUCGUGUACAAUGACCGCAUAACUGCUGCCGCCGCCCCGAUCCGCCUGUCAAUAUCCCAGGCCAUUUUACCCCUCACUCGUGAACAAGACCCCGAGAUACUUGAACUCGAGGUAGAAACUCAGUCCCAACUCGGAGGGGGCAAGCCAACUUUUUCCAGCAUAGGACCUUGGCCUCAGACUUGGAGGUGCUGA